GACGCGGCACCCCCUCCCGAAAUGGGACCAGAGCAGCCCUCCCUCCCUGUGCCUCAGUUCAUCCAGGGCCACUCUGCGUGGACGCGGUUUUGUAGACGAGUGGAAGGGCUGUGUGGACGCUGUCGGGGUGUGUGAAUGAGGCCGGCUGUGUAGACUUGGGGCGGCUGUGUAGACUACGGCUGUGCAGAAAUGUGGGCAGGCUGUCUGGACGCAGACCUGCUGUGUAGAUGCCUCUGGAGUGUGUGAAUGUAGCCGGCCGUGUAAAAGUGGUGGGAGCCCACUGUGGGCAUGGGCCCCCCAGGGCUCUGUAUUCCGGACGGCAAUUUUCCCGUAUUUCUGAGAAUGAAUGUGGCUAAAACCAAGUGUGGUGCAUCAGCCUGGACCCUUUGUGGGGCCUGGUGGUGCGGCAGGAAUGUGAUGGACAAAGACCGGUGAGGAUUGCCCGUAUGUGAUAAGGGAGUGCCCUACUUCUCCCCCUGUCCCUUGUCGCAACCUCUGAGUGGCUGGUGAGUGAAUAAAUGACAAAGAUUUUGUGGUAACCGUUUGGGGAGGGUGUGGUCAUAGGUGUGAAAAUGGGGGUGGUAUUGUCUUUGCCUGGGGAAGGGGCUGUCAUGCAUUCAGUUACAUGUGGCAGGAAAGCUGCCCUUGGCACACAUUGUGUGAUGUCCUCGAAGUUCCCACAACUUGGUGAGGAUGGGCGGCACAGGGAUCCUCUGGGGCCGGGCCUUCACCCUCCUGCCCAUCUCACGGGGGUCAAAGCCAGGCUCCUGGUGGCAAAAGGUUUGGGGAACGUGUGUUCACAUCCAUAUAGGCCCUCGGCCACGGUUAGUGUCCACUUAUUGGAACUGUGAAGAGAAGCCUCUGUGAACCUGCACUCAAGUAAUCCACGUUUUGUGCAUUGUGACUGUGGGACAUAAUAUCUGACAAGCAGGGGUAGCAGCCUCCAUAGCAGAUCUGUCUAUGCCCAUGGGGCAUGGGGCCUGCAGACCCACAGCCCACCCUGCCUGCCUGGGACCCUGGCCGGCUGUGGUGUGGAUGUGAGAUUGUGAGUGUGACUAUCGUGUGUGUGAGAUUGUGUGUGUACAUGUGGUCAUGAUUGUGUAUGGUUAUGUCAUUAAGUGUGUGUGGUUGUGUGUGACUGUGUGGUUGUGUAUCUGUAUAACUAGUGUGACCACAUGUGUGUGAUUGUGUAUGGUGGUGUCACAAUAGUGUGUGGUCGUGUGAUUUUGUGUGUGGUUGUGUGAGGUUGCGUGUAUGGUUGUGUAUGUGCCAACUCCCCCUUACUAGUUUCCUCAUCUGGAAAACAGGGCCAGAGUCACGGCCGCUCACACAGCUCUGACGGCCACACAAAUUAAGUCUACCUCGCGGUGGGCAGCCCUCUUGCCCACCAAACAGAAGCCCAGAUGUUUGUCCCUGCUCAUCUGACCACAGUGUAUGGUUCGAGCAAGUGGACCUGCAGUCCAUCCUGGCUCUUGCCCCAUGCCUGCUGAGCAUCUGUGUGGCAUUCAAAGUUCUCUCUGCAGAACUCUGAAGGUUUAGGGUAUAAAACAUGGCGCCUGGAGACUGCAGAUAGAAGCAUGUUGGGUGACCUUUUAUCAAGGCUGGGACUCCAACUCAGAACAGAAUGCUUACAGAAAGCUCUGCUCCUGUUAUCACAGCUGUUCGUCAAGAGUCUGGAGCUGUGGCAGAGUGGCAGAGGCCCCGCCUGGGACCUGGGGACCACAGAGUGAACAGGCAGAGGUGGCUGUCCGGGGGUCUGGAAGCCAUGGAGCCCACCAUUGGUGAAUUACAGCUCAUGCCCGUGGCAACAAAGGAAGUCCCUGCUCAGGACACCGCAUGCUGCCGAGCAGCCCUGUCCGCUGCAGUGGCCACCAGCAUUGUCAUUGUCACCCUGGCGGUCUUUGUGGCCCCCCUCUCUACACAGGGCUUCGAUGUGGAGCACACCGCUGAGCUGCAGGGCAUCCGGUACGCCUGCAGCCUUCAGCAGGAGGCCUCCGGCUACUACCGCACGCUGACGCCCACUCUGGAAACGCUGUUUGUAAGCAGCUUUUGGAAGACAGAGUUGGAGGCCAGCUGCGUGGGCUGCACAGUGCUAAGUUACAGAGAUGGGAACUCCAGUGUCCUAGUGCGUUUCCGGCUACACUUCCUGCUGUUGGCCCUGCGGUCACUGGAUCUGGCCCUGGAACAAGAGCUGCUGCAGCAGGGGCUCCGAGCAAGGCUGCAGGGCCACGGCGUCCCACUAGGUGCCCACGGCACCAUCGUGUCUGCCAAGCUCACAGGAAGCCAGAAGGGGCCUUUGACAGAAAGAGACUUGAAAUCAGGUCGCUGUCCAGGGAACGCCUUCUCCUGCAGCGACAGCCAGUGUGUGACCAAAGUGAACCCGGAAUGUGAUGACAAAGUGGACUGUUCUGAUGGAUCCGACGAGGCCCACUGCGACUGCGGUUUGCAGCCGGGCUGGAGGACAGCUGGCAGGAUUGUGGGUGGCAUGGAAGCAUCGCCCGGGGAGUUCCCUUGGCAAGUCAGCCUCCGAGAAAACAGCGAGCACUUCUGUGGGGCCGCGGUGAUCGGGGCCAGGUGGCUGGUGUCUGCCGCCCACUGCUUCAAUGAGUUCCAAGACCCCACUGAGUGGGUGGCCUAUGCGGGCACCACCCACCUCAGCGGCUCGGAAGCCAGCACGGUGCGGGUCCGCGUGGUGCAGAUCAUCACGCACCCCUCCUACAACUCCGACACCGCCGACUUUGAUGUGGCGGUGCUGCGUCUGGGCAGCCCCCUGCCCUUCAGCAGGCACAUCCAGCCCGUGUGCCUGCCAGCCGCCUCACACAUAUUCCCGCCCAGGAAGAAGUGUCUGAUCUCGGGCUGGGGCUACCUCAAGGAGGACUUCCUGGUCAAGCCGGAGAUGCUGCAGAAAGCCACCGUGGAGCUGCUGGACCAGGCCUUGUGCGCCAGCCUGUACGGGCACUCGCUCACGGACCAGAUGGUGUGUGCUGGCUACCUGGAUGGGAAGGUGGAUUCCUGCCAGGGUGACUCGGGAGGCCCCCUGGUCUGUGAGGAGCCCUCUGGCAGGUUCUUCCUGGCCGGCAUCGUGAGCUGGGGCAUUGGUUGUGCAGAAGCCCGGCGUCCGGGAGUUUAUGCCCGAGUGACCAGGCUGCGAGACUGGAUCCUGGAGGCGAUUGCCAUGGCAAGCAAGCCUCUGGCCCCCACGGUGGAUCCUGCCCCCACCACCCCCAGUACUGUCUGGCCCACCAGCCCUGAGAGCCGGGUGGUCGACACCCCCACCAAACCCACGCUGGCCCCCAGCUCUGUGCCUCUUGACUCAAUGACUGCUUCUAAGCCACAAGAGUGUGGGGCCAGGCCGGCGAUGGAGAAACCUCCCCGGAUCGUGGGGGGGUUAGGAGCCAUUGCUGGGGAGGUGCCUUGGCAAGUCAGCCUGAAGGAAGGUUCCCGGCACUUCUGUGGAGCGACAGUGGUAGGGGACCGCUGGCUGCUGUCGGCAGCCCACUGCUUCAACCACACGAAGGUGGAGCUGGUGCGGGCCCACCUGGGCACCGUGUCCCUCACGGGCAUUGGUGGGAGCCCAGUGAAAAUGGGGCUCAAGAGGGCAGUGCUGCAUCCCCAGUACAACCCCAGCAUCCUGGACUUUGACGUGGCUGUCCUGGAGCUGGCCCGGCCCCUGGUCUUCAACAAGUACAUCCAGCCCAUCUGCCUGCCCCUGGCCAUCCAGAAGUUCCCUGCAGGCCGCAAGUGCAUGAUCUCUGGCUGGGGUAACAUGCAGGAGGGAAAUGCAACGAAGCCUGACACUCUUCAGCAAGCGUCCGUGGGCAUCAUAGAUCAGAAGGUGUGCAGCGUGCUCUACAACUUCUCGCUGACGGACAGGAUGCUCUGUGCCGGCUUCCUGGAGGGCAAGGUGGACUCCUGCCAGGGUGAUUCUGGGGGACCUCUGGCCUGUGAGGAGACCCCUGGUGUGUUUUAUCUGGCGGGGAUUGUCAGCUGGGGGAUCGGCUGUGCUCAGGCCAAGAAACCCGGAGUGUACACACGAAUCACCAGGCUGAAGGACUGGAUCCUGGACACCAUGUCCUCCCAGCCCCUCCCCACACCUGCCCCCUCCACCACAAGGACACCUGCCACCAGCAGCUAUGCUCCCAGGACAACAGCAGGCUUCACAGUCCUGGGUGUAACAGCCAGCAGACCCACCCUCCGGGCCACCAGCCAACCUGCCAAUAGGACCGCCACUGCUAUGAGCACCACUGCUAGGGGGCACACGCCACUUCCAAAUGUGCCAUGGACCACCAUGGGCUCCCAGCUACCAGACUGCGGCCUGGCGCCAGUGGCAGCACUGACCAGGAUCGUGGGUGGCAGCGCCGCGGGUCGCGGGGAGUGGCCGUGGCAGGUGAGCCUGUGGCUGCGGCGCCGGGAGCACCGCUGCGGGGCCGUGCUGGUCGCUGAGAGGUGGCUGUUGUCUGCGGCGCACUGCUUCGACGUCUACGGGGACCCCAAGCAGUGGGCAGCCUUCCUGGGCACUCCGUUCCUGAGCGGCGCCGACGGGCAGCUGGAGCGUGUGGCGCGUAUCUACAAGCAUCCCUUCUAUAACCUCUACACGCUCGACUACGAUGUGGCGCUGCUUGAGCUGGCGGCGCCUGUGCGCCGUAACCGCCUGGUGCGACCCAUCUGCCUGCCGGAGCCCGCACCCCAACCCCUCGAUGGCGCGCGCUGCAUCAUCACUGGCUGGGGCUCGGUGCGUGAAGGAGGCUCCAUGGCGCGGCAGCUGCAGAAAGCAGCGGUGCGCCUCCUCAGCGAGCAGGCCUGUCGCCGCUACUAUCCGGUGCAGAUCAGCAGCCGCAUGCUGUGCGCCGGCUUCCCGCACGGCGGCGUGGACAGCUGCUCCGGUGAUGCUGGGGGACCCCUGGCUUGCCGGGAGCCCUCCGGACGGUGGGUGCUAACUGGGGUCACCAGCUGGGGCUAUGGCUGCGGACGGCCCCACUUCCCUGGUGUCUACACCAGGGUGGCUGCCGUAAGAGGCUGGAUCGGACAGAACAUCCAGGAGUGACCGCCCUGAGGUUGCCCAGGCCUG